AUGUCACAGCAAUUAAUUAACGAAAACAGUAAAUAUAUAUUAGAUUUAUUUUCUGAGCAGACAGUAGAUUCACAGAGUCUGGAUUCAAUAUGUGCUCAAGUGCAGAAGAGAUUUCCAAAGUCAGACCAUUUCAAUCUAUGCCUUCUCCUAUCAUCACUUAUCACAGGAGGUGACCUAUCUCUCCCUGGGCAAAGAGUGGUAGCAUUAGCGUUAAUAUUUGACUUUUACAAGGUAGAAAAUCCCUUCAGCUCUCUCUUUCUCCACCUAUUGGAGGGCAAGCCUGGUCUAUUGCCUUUGGCGCCACAAGAGAGGCUAUUUAUUGGCCAACUGCAUGGUUUUGUCCAGGUUAAUAUAAAAGAUGUUUUAAAAAAGUCAGCAAAACAAGUGAUGCUAACUGAAAUAUUGUCAAAAGAUUUAGACUUUGAUUAUUCAUCUCUUCAAGCUUUAAUCGCCGAAAGAUCUAGUGAUAUCAGUUCAGUUGCGAGGGCAACCGCACCUGCCUUAGUACCACUUAGUGAUGGGGGUCAACCGAACCGCAUGGCCAUGAAGGAGCUGCUGGAGGCCCUGAUGAGCAACGAGUUCCUGCCGCUGCACCGCACGCUGCGGCCCGCCGGGCCCGUGCCGCCGCCCACCUUCCUGCUCGACCCCGCCGAGAUAGCUUUUGCAGAUGAGGGCGUGUGGAAGAAUCUAGUCAAUAGAGGGAUGUACGUCCCGUUGUACGACACCGACUUUGAGGGACUGAUUGGUCUGAGACCUCAGGAAAAAGUGGAAAAGAAGGUCGUCCAACACAAGGAACAACAAAAGGAACAGAAGCCUAAAGAAGAGAAAAAAGAGAAACAAGAUGAGAAGAAGGAAAGUAAAGAAGACCUGGUGGUAGAGGAAGCCAAGGAGCUGACGCAGCUGGCGCUGAAGGCGGCGCUCAGCGUCCCGCAGCAACAGCGGCUGCUGGCGCUGCUGGACAGGCAACCCGACCUCGUCUACGAGAUCGGGGUCACGCCCUACCAGUUGCCGGAGCUGGUGGAGAACAACCCAAUGGUGGCCAUUUCGGUGCUGCUGAAGCUGAUCCACUCGCAACACAUCACCGACUACUUCUCUGUGCUGGUCAAUAUGGAAAUGUCGCUACACUCAAUGGAGGUCGUCAAUAGGCUGACGACGUCGGUGGACCUGCCGGUGGAGUUCGUGCACCUGUACAUCAGCAACUGCAUCUCCACGUGCGAGACCAUCCGCGACCGCUACAUGCAGAACCGGCUCGUGCGCCUCGUGUGCGUGUUCCUGCAGUCGCUCAUCCGGAACAAGAUCAUCAACGUCAAGGAAUUAUUUAUAGAAGUCGAAGCAUUCUGUGUUGAAUUCAGCAGAAUAAGAGAGGCGGCGGCGCUGUUCAGGCUGUUGAAACAAUUAGAUUCUGGGGAAAUGCACAAGGAUAAGGAACCUUAG